GUGUUUCCCUGCCUGAUGAUGACCCAGAUGCUGCUCAGGGCAGCAAGUUUUGCCUCGUGGCUAUUGGCAGACUCCAAGUGACUAGUUCUCCCAACUGCACAGACAUGAACAAUGUUUGUCAGCCGACAGAGUUCAUCUCCAGACACAACACUGAAGGCAUUUUCACCUUCAUUGACCAUCGCUGUGUGGCCACUGUUGGCUACCAACCCCAGGAACUUUUGGGGAAAGACAUUGUGGAUUUUUGCCAUCCAGAAGACCAACAGCUUUUACGGGAUAGUUUCCAGCAGGUGGUGAAAUUAAAAGGCCAAGUCCUUUCAGUCAUGUUCCGCUUCCGAUCCAAGACCAGGGAAUGGCUCUGGAUGAGAACCAGCUCCUUCACCUUCCAGAAUCCUUACUCGGAUGAGAUCGAGUACAUCAUCUGCACCAACACCAAUGUCAA